CCCAGAACCCCUGGGUUAUGAACUGACCUGAAGACAGAUGCUUAACUGACUGAGCCACCCUGGCAACCUGUUAAUUAUCAUUUGUGAUGUGACCAGGGAAGGUAUGCCUCAGGGGAUAAAUUCUAACUAAAGUAAGCCAGUCAUUUUAACUCCUUUUCUCUCUGCCAGUUAGUUUAGGUGGGGACAUGUAACCCAGCUCUGGCCAACCAGCUGUAAGAGAGGCUCUACUGGAGUGUUUUAAUUUAAAAGAUUUUCUUCCCUGAUUAAGAGAGAGAGUUAAUCUAUGUAAAGAAGGCUCUUUUCCCCUCAAUUCCUUUCUUUCCUGUCAGGUAUGCUGUAGAAUGGAAACUUAAUGUCUAAGGCUAUGACAGUCAAUUUAAAACCAUGAUGAAAAGCCAGUCCACUGAGAAUGGCAAAGAGGAAGGAAACAAGGCCUGGAUCCUUGAGGACAUUAUUGACUUUUGAGAUAGUCUGGGAACCACCCGUUUUGAGAGUAUCAUGUGAGAUAAGAGGUUUUCUUGUUACGAACAUCUACUGUUGGCAGGUAUUGUCACUUGAAGCUGAUUGCUUUCUAAUAGCCUUGGUAAGUCAUGGAGGAGUUGGUACAUUUAUUUUACUGCUUUUUCUUAUUUGUGGCCUACAGUGCGAAAUACCAAUCUUAAAAUGAAAAUAAUAUAUUUUUAAAUUAAUUGAGCCAUUUUUUCAAUCAAAGAUUAAUUUAGAAUGUAUGGUUAAUCAGAUAAAUGGUUUUACUUUUGAAUUUUUAAAUUAUACUUAAUUUCUCAUAUAUGUUUCACAAAAAGGGGAAGUAAUCAUUCAUAUUAGUUGUGUUUGGUGAAAACAAAAAUUAGCCCCCCCAAAUGUAUAAAAUCUUGCAAGUAUUCUGGAAAACACUUUGUAAACAUGGGACAUUUCAAUAGGUAUUUGAAACAGAUUAUUGACUAAGAGUCAGCCAAGCACUUGGAGGAUUUUUUGCUAAUGAGAAUUAGGAUGAAGCAUUAUCCAGAAUGACAAGGAGCAAAAUAUUUUAAAAUAGCAAACUUUCAUUGGCAUUCACUAUGUGACAAACACUAUUCUAAGCACCUUACAUUUAUGAAGUCAUUUAAUCCUGUGAGAUCGGUAACUAUUAUUGUCCCCAUGAGGCACAGGGAGAAGUACAUUUUCCAUUGCCAUACAACUUCAGUGAAAAAGCCAGGAAUAUGAACCCUGGCAUUCUGGCUGCAGACCUUAUGCACAUUGCUAUGAUUCUACUAUUUUGUCUUAAGGGGACUGGACCCACAUACCACUCCUCAGUAUUUUUACCCGGUGGGGGAGAGCGUUCCUUGCCCUCAGAGGUGCUGCUUUCUAGUGGGCCAAAGUCUUUUCCAUCUUUUAUUUGCUCCUGACUCUACUGGGCCAAAGCAGUGGUAUGUGCAUGUGUGUCUCCCCUGCCCCCCAACCUUUUUGUCAGGAAGCUAGCUGCUCUUCAGUCCAGUGGGAAUUUACAUCCCUUUGGGAAAACCCAGCUUUAUACUCCAAUUUCCCCACAGCAGAGUUGCAAUCUUGACAGAGUGCUUGUAGGCUAUGCCUUUGUAUCCCCUGAAAGAAACUAGGGAAUAGUAUUUUUUUUUUCCUGUUACCUUACAUUUCCAGUGAUCUUUCAGCUCUAGGCAGCUCUAUGAAUGGUCUGCUUCCAUUCCAACUCUGAUCACAUCCUACAGAACAGAAAUAUUAGAUAGGACCAGUUAAUCUCAUGGUUUCCUAUUUGUGGACAAUUUCUUGGCAGUAAGGUGAGUUUCCUUCUAGCAGAGCUAGAAAACUGCUCCAGGUUCUGCCUACUGAGAAAAUUUGGAUGCACCCCAGAGAGGAAUAUAGGGGAAUAUACUAAUUCUAGUUGGAGUCUGCAUCUUUGUUCCUAAGCAUGAGGUUUCCUGGUGGGGCAGUCAAGGCUGUGUUCAUCUGAUGUAGUGGGCAUCUUUUGUUUGUGUGUUACAGGUGUCCCUGCAUUUUCAUUAGCAACACCUUCCCCUUUCCUUUGAGGAAAAGGAGUCUACGUGGGGCUGGGGAAAUGUUGGCUCUCUCGCUGACUCUGUGCCUCUGGUGACUCUGUGUGGUACUGGUGGAAUUGUCUAAUCACAGUGUCCUGCCUUCUGCAACAGGAGUGAGCAGGGCAUAGGAAUCUGCACUGGACACAUCAGAAUCCUUGCUUUGAAUAUGAAAAGGAAUUGGCUCAUGUAAUUAUGGAGGCUGGGAAGUCCAAAGUCUUCAGGGUGGGCUGACUGGACACAAGGGGAGAGCCAAUGUUGUAGUUGAAGUCCAAAGACUGUCUGCUGCCUAAUUCCUUCAUGCUCCAGGGAGGUAUAUUUGCUUACUUAAACUACCAUGUUCCUCGCACAAGACGAGAAAUCUUGGAAACCUUGAUCAAAGGCCUUCAGAGACUGGAGUACAGAGGAUAUGAUUCUGCUGGUGUGGGAGUUGAUGGAGGCAAUGACAAGGAUUGGGAAGCCAAUGCCUGCAAGAUCCAGCUCAUUAAGAAGAAAGGGAAAGUUAAGGCACUGGAUGAAGAAGUUCACAAACAACAGGAUAUGGAUUUGGAUAUAGAAUUUGAUGUACACCUUGGAAUAGCUCAUACCCGUUGGGCAACACAUGGAGAACCCAAUCCUGUCAAUAGCCAUCCCCAGCGUUCUGAUAAAAAUAAUGAAUUUAUUGUUAUUCACAAUGGAAUUAUCACCAACUACAAAGACUUGAAGAAGUUUUUGGAAAGCAAAGGCUAUGACUUUGAAUCGGAAACAGACACAGAGACAAUUGCCAAGCUUGUUAAGUACAUGUAUGACAAUCGGGAAAGUCAAGACAUCAGUUUUACUACCUUGGUGGAGAGAGUUAUCCAACAAUUGGAAGGUGCUUUCGCACUGGUAUUUAAAAGUGUUCAUUUUCCUGGCCAAGCAGUUGGCACAAGACGAGGUAGCCCUCUUUUGAUUGGUGUACGAAGUGAACAUAAGCUCUCAACUGAUCACAUUCCAAUACUCUACAGAACAGCUAGGACUCAGAUUGGAUCAAAAUUCACACGGUGGGGAUCACAGGGAGAAAGAGGGAAGGACAAAAAGGGAAGCUGCAAUCUCUCUCGUGUGGACAGCACAACUUGCCUUUUCCCUGUGGAAGAAAAAGCAGUGGAAUAUUACUUUGCUUCUGAUGCGAGUGCUGUAAUAGAACAUACCAAUCGUGUCAUCUUCCUUGAAGACGAUGAUGUUGCAGCGGUGGUAGAUGGCCGUCUUUCUAUCCAUCGAAUUAAACGGACUGCAGGAGAUCAUCCUGGACGAGCUGUGCAGACCCUCCAGAUGGAACUGCAACAGAUCAUGAAGGGCAACUUCAGUUCAUUCAUGCAGAAAGAAAUUUUUGAGCAGCCCGAGUCCGUUGUGAACACGAUGCGAGGAAGAGUCAACUUUGAUGACUAUACUGUGAAUUUGGGCGGUUUGAAAGAUCACAUUAAGGAGAUCCAGAGGUGUCGUCGUUUGAUUCUUAUUGCCUGUGGGACGAGUUACCAUGCUGGUGUAGCAACACGUCAAGUUCUUGAAGAGCUGACUGAGUUGCCUGUCAUGGUGGAACUUGCCAGUGAUUUCCUGGAUAGAAACACUCCAGUUUUUCGAGAUGAUGUUUGCUUUUUCAUUAGUCAGUCAGGUGAGACAGCAGACACCCUCAUGGGUCUUCGGUAUUGUAAGGAGAGAGGAGCUUUAACUGUGGGGAUCACGAACACCGUGGGCAGUUCCAUAUCAAGGGAGACAGACUGUGGCGUUCACAUUAAUGCUGGGCCCGAGAUUGGUGUGGCCAGCACGAAGGCUUACACCAGCCAAUUUGUAUCCCUUGUCAUGUUUGCCCUCAUGAUGUGCGAUGACAGGAUCUCCAUGCAAGAGAGACGCAAAGAGAUCAUGCUUGGACUGAAGCGACUGCCUGAUUUGAUUAAGGAGGUACUGAGCAUGGAUGAUGAAAUUCAGAAACUGGCAACAGAACUUUAUCACCAGAAGUCAGUCUUGAUAAUGGGACGUGGCUAUCAUUAUGCUACUUGUCUUGAAGGGGCACUGAAAAUCAAAGAAAUCACUUACAUGCACUCUGAAGGCAUCCUUGCUGGUGAAUUGAAACAUGGCCCUCUGGCAUUGGUGGACAAGUUGAUGCCGGUUAUCAUGAUCAUCAUGAGAGACCACACUUAUGCCAAGUGUCAGAACGCUCUUCAGCAGGUGGUUGCCAGGCAGGGACGCCCAGUGGUGAUUUGUGAUAAGGAAGAUACCGAGACCAUUAAGAACACAAACAGAACAAUCAAGGUGCCCCACUCAGUGGACUGCUUGCAGGGCAUCCUCAGUGUGAUCCCCUUGCAGCUGCUGGCUUUCCACCUUGCUGUGCUGAGAGGCUAUGACGUUGAUUUCCCCCGGAAUCUUGCCAAAUCUGUAACUGUAGAAUAAGGAGCAUCUGCAACUCUGGGCGGUUGAGCAACACAAGACACCUUUUGUAUUUAACACCUUGAUUUAAAAUACCACCCUCUGAAGCCUUUUUUAGUAAAUCCUUAUUUAUAUAUCGGUUAUAAUUAUUCCACUCAAUUUGUGAUUUUUGUGAAAUUACCUCAUAUUUUUCCAGUAAUUUGUGGGGGAGUUUAAAUAAUGGAAUUUAUAUUGGAAUUGUUAUCACAAAGAGAUUCAGCUCUCAUUUUCUUCCAAGGAUGCCGGGUGUUGAAUUUCUGGGCCCUGCACUUCAAUCUGGGAAGAUUGUGUGUUUUUAGAAUAAUUGGCCUUUGUUUUACUGUGCUUCUCUUCAUUCAGCCCAAAGAAAGUAUAGUACAUUUAAUUGGAAUAUCUAAAGACAGAGGCAGUGUAUGCAAAUGCUUAGACAUUUGAUUAAGGUUUUGUUAAGUUUACGAAUCAAGAGAAGAUGCUGUGAUUUGUUUUGAAAUUUGUGUUUUGUUUUUAAAUCACACUUGUAGAACUUAAAAACCGAAAGCUUUUCUUAGUAAGUUGGGUUAAUCUGAGUGUCUCUGACCCAUUGCUUGUUAUGUGGGGGUCUAGUUAGAGUUAAGGUAGGAAGCUAGAGCAUAGUAGUACAUUGGUUUUCUCCACUCUUAACAGCAAGUAUUUGCACAAUUUUAUAGCAGAAACUUUAAUUUUGAGCUGCUUAGGACAAUUGACAACAUGAUUUUCUGUGUGAAGUUGGGGGACCUCCAGGUGGGGCGUCCUGUUCCUAGUUUUUCCAUCUUCUAAAACUGGUUUUUAUUUCCUUGUAUCUGUAGUUUUUUGUUCCUUGUGUUUUUGUUUUUGUUUUUUUAAUGACUUGUUCUUGGAAAUCACCACACAAAGUUGCUGUCAUGUGUCUGAGAUUAAAUCGGUACUGAUAUCUGCAGAGUUCUCUAAUUUUUGUUCUGAGGAAAAAUUGCUUGCAGUGAAUUUUAACUUUUUACGCCUUGUUACAUAAAACUCAUACCAGCCUGCCAGUUGGAAGUUCUUUGUAGUUUGGAAGAUUUGCAAGUCUUUUGACUAAUCAUUUGAUUGUAAAUGUAUGUGCUGAGCUAGAUUUAGAGAAAGCUGUAUGUUUUACACUGAUGCUAGUGAAGGAUUGCAUCAAAUAUAGUAUUAUUUCCUAGGUAUACUUCUCUACUGUCUGUGUUCCACCCCUGAAAUCUAUUUAGGAAUGAAGAAGAUACAAAUGAAUAGAGUGGUAUCAAGGUGCCUUCAGCUGGUUUAUGUCAGAAACAGAAUUUAACAAUUUAGAUUAAAAUAGAGUAGAAUAUUAGUUUGACACCCAACGUGUUGUGAGUAAUCAUUUCUUUACGGGGCUUUUUGGCCAAAUCUUGGGGGUUAUAGAGCAGUGUGUUUGUGUUUUGGUGAAGUCCUUCUCUUUUUAAAGUUUUUGCCUUUAAAUUGUGAAGGUAAGAUAUUUAGCAUAGUUAUUUAAGUAAAUUCAGGCUUUUUCUUUUUUCUGUGUUUGAAUUUCUUGGUGAGGUUAAGAUUUUCUAAUAGCUAUUGCUGCAAGGGGAGCACAGAAUUCUGCUUGUGUAUUAGGGUUAGAAAAAUACUUAGCAUAUUUUGAGGUACUUUGGAAGGACUGUCCUAGAUGGAGACUAGAAACCUGGUUGUUUUUAAAAAUAAAAUAAGGUUACUAUUUACAUCAUAUGUAUGUUUUCACGAUAGCUAUAUUUAUCUAUUUUAAUUAUUUCUGAGAUGAUUUUGUUUAGGCCUGCUAGUUUUAGUAUUUGUAUAGUGUCAUUUCUUAUGUUAAAUUAGCAUUUUAUGUCUGAUUUGUGUGGAUUUGUAACAUUUCUUAAUGGUCUGAAGUUUAAGUCAGCAUUCUAAGUGAAAAAAAUGUGAAAUCAAUCAUUGGUUUUCAAUUUCUCUUUUUCUCUUCUUCUGUGUCUGUCUGUCUGUCUCUUUCUCUCUCUCUCUCUCUCUCUCUCACACACACACACACACACACACACACUUCAAGCUAGGAUAAGUUCUGAACUGGAUAUCAAAAGCUGAUAUUAAAGAAAAAAGAAGUGAUAUUUUCCAAAUAAACAUGGUUUCUCUUUUUUGUCCCUUCUUGCUUCUUACUUUAUUUCAUGUAGUGAUUUUUAAAUGCUUUUAUGUAUUAAUUACAAACACAAAAAAGGAUACUCUAAUGAGGCAAAUCACUAAUAAGUAUGCAUGCCUAGUUAGAACCAAUGUAAUAUUAAUAGGUAAGAGAAUCUGGUUUUUCAAGAAAGGUAUUCUACAAAAGGAGUCCUUAUAUAAAAAGUUCUUUCUUGUAGUACAUUUAGGGUUUAAAUUCAUUCACAUGUAACUUAAGAGUUCCUUACCUCAACCCUGAGCCCUUUUUAGGCUGGGAUCAUGGGUAGCGUCUCACACAUGGCUCAGCAAAUGAUGGUUCCUUUGCAGUCAGUUGGCUUUUCUGUCUUUUUAAAAUUCCCUGUGCCAUAGGAAUGAGUGGGAAGAGGAAAUAAUGCUCGCUGUUUUUAGUGUGCUCUAAUUGUGUCAGCCUCCUACUAAGGGCAAGUCACUGUGCCAGGACCUAGAAAGGACCUCAUGUUGAAAGCAGAGUCUGCUUGUUCCCAGGCAGACUUAUCACUGGUGAAGACCAAGAUCACUGCGAGCACAAGGUGAAGGGAGUGGAAAAGUGGAGGUGAGCUGGGUUGUUAAAUAAUGGUCCAAGUUUAGGGAAGUAUAAUGUUCAAAAGAGGGAAGGUGCAUUUUGUAGAGUGCGCUGUUGCCGCAGGCUGCGUGGGCCACCACAUGUCUGUGGUGCUCCAGGGAGCGGCAAAGGCGAAAUGCACAAGGGAGAAAGCAGCAAGCAUCAGUACUACUCCAGGGGGCGGCGGACUCAGGGCGGCCUGCAGGUGGGGCUGAGGGUUAAGAGAGCUAACACAGAUUUUCUCUCUUAGUUUUGUGGCAAGUUGUUUCUAAGAUGAUGACAUCUUAGCCUUCUGACUACAGAUCUUUUGGCCUAAGCUAAUCUUGAGGACAGGAGGAAAAGGAGCCUCCUUCUCCCCACUCCCCAUCUUUUUUUCUUGGUAAUGUUUAUUUGGCACUUAUUUAUAUUGUCUUCAAAGAAGGAAGACCAGCUGAAAUGUUUGCUUUAACAAAUAUAUUUUAAGAAGUCCUUUGGAGUCAGUGUUUUAUCUGCUUAAAAACUUAGGAUAUACUAUAGCAAUAAAAGGGAAAGACUAAUGUUAACAGUAGUAUGUGACAACUUAAGUGAUUUUUCUAAAAAGCACAAUAUUAUUGAAAAGUGUUUGUGGAAAAAGAAAUCAUAGCUCACAUGGAAUUUGCAAAGGCCAAAGAAAUGGAAGGGAAUGGUAAAAGAAGGUAUUUUAGCCUUAUGUCCACGUAGUCAUUGGGUUUUAUCUACCAGACUACCAGAUAGAGUGUCGUCUUCAUGAAAACAUACUUCAGAUCGCUUUCUGUGUUCUUCAUGUUAGAAUCUCAAGUUUAGAAAAUUAACACAUCGGUUUUUUUCUCACAAUAUUUAAGGAUUAUUAAGAUAUCAGUAUUUCCGUAGCUUGAUGAGUUUAACCAUAUCUUCAGAUCUGUGACAUGACAACCGAUAGGACUGAUAACAUUUGCUUUGAACCAAUAAUUUCCAGGGUUAAAAGAAAAUCAUAGUUGACUAGCAAGAUUGUAAAGUUAGGCUGUAUUAACCUGUAAGUCUGUAAUAGCUUGGUAUCACUGUUAAGGAAUCUACCAUAAAUAACAGCUAAUGAGAAAGUUUUAGGAAAUUCCUGAACUACCUUUCUUACGGUACUCAGAAUGAAUACAGAAAUGAUCCUGUUAGCUUUUUAAAUGUUCUAUGGUUGACUUUUGGUUUUUUUUUUUUUUUUGGUGUCUUUAUCUCCUCUUUCUCUCUCUUUCUUCUUUCUUUUUUGCUUAAAUAAAACUUUUGGUUUUUGUUUAAAUUAUACUGAUUGUGAACAGGAGGUUUUAGAAUAUUUGCUUUGUUUCAGUUUUCUGUUCUAUAAGAUAAAUGUGUAGUUUACCGAGCCAUUGGAUCAUUUCUUCCUCAUGUCUUGUAAGUCCAAUAACUCUAACCUUGAACUGUGAAUAAAUUACCAAAACUUACUGAGAA